UCCCCGACUGACAUCCGUCUAACACAGUAUUGUAUCAUGCAUGUUUUAAUCUGUAACGUUUUCAGACUUUGCGGUGAGACAUCGUGCAUGAGUUUCCACUUUCUUCCUCAGGUCAGAGUGGAGGGCGAAGGCGUGCUCCGUUACCACGGCAACGGUCAGCCAGCGGGGCUGCUUAGCAACGCCAGGCUAGCACCCGAGAGACCAUUUACGAGGCUUUUUGUUGUGUCGCAAAGUUUCAUUAAAACGUUUAUUUUUACAGCCCAGUUUGUAAACCUACUGUACAAAUACGUGUUAUGGACAAGCGGCUGACAUGGGGGGGCAGAGUCAAACUGACGCAUCGUUACAAAAUAAUCCAGAAGAUUGGAGAAGGCACAUUUUCAGAGGUGGUAAAAACUCAAAGCUUGAAAGAUGGCAAGUUUUAUGCGUGUAAAACCAUGAAACAAACCAUUAACAGUUGGGAACAGGCCAACAACCUGAGGGAAGUCCAGGCAAUGAAGAGACUGAGUCCUCAUGCAAAUAUCAUCCAACUGCAUGAGUUGAUUUUUGACAAAGAAACUGGAACAGUGUCUUUAAUAUGUGAGCUAAUGGAGAUGAACAUCUAUGAGUUUAUACAAGAAAGAAAAACACCUCCCUCUGACCACAUGGUCAAGCACUACAUGUACCAGCUGUGCAAGUCACUUGAACAUAUGCACAAGUGUGGAAUCUUUCACAGAGAUGUGAAACCAGAAAACAUUCUUAUAAAGCAAAACCUUUUGAAGCUUGGUGACUUUGGUUCAUGUCGGAGCGUGUACUCCAAGCCGCCGCACACAGAGUACAUUUCCACGCGAUGGUACAGAGCCCCAGAGUGCCUCCUCACAGAUGGAUAUUACAGCCUGAAGAUGGACCUCUGGAGUGCUGGUUGUGUCUUCUUUGAAAUCGUGAGUCUGAAUCCUCUCUUCCCUGGAACCAAUGAGUUGGACCAGCUUGCCAAGAUUCAUAAUGUGCUGGGGACCCCAGACCAAAGUUUACUUCAAAAUUUCAAGCAGUCUAGAGCGAUGAAUUUCAACUUCCCGCCUAAGAAAGGUACAGGCAUCUCACGAUUGAUUCCCAACUGCCCAGCUCCAGCUCUGUCCCUGCUCUACCAGAUGCUCGCCUACGAUCCCAGUGAGCGCAUUACUGCAGAAACAGCCCUGAGGCACACUUACUUUAGGGAAAUCAGAAUCGCAGAAAAUAAAGCAGAGACUCUACACAGAGUUUCUGCAACUUUGGAUGGAGUUGGAAGUAGUGGUGCACAACAAUCUUUGGACAACAUCUGGCGACCAGCAAGACUGGGUAAACAACUGCGAGGAAGACAUACAAGACAAACACCUUUCAUGAGCCACAAUGUGAAGUAUGUAGCAGAGCCGCUCCUCAGACGCAACGCCCAUCAUGGUCCAGCAGAGUUUCCCAGGCUCAACACAGUUGCACCUAGACCGCAGAUCUCAUUCCCAGUCUCCACUAUUCCUGCUUUUACCAUCACUCAUCGGGGAACACUGCCAUCCAUCACAUCAAAGAAGUGCCAGCCACAGUUAGAAAAGGCCCAGAAUGAAUCUCAACAUGCAGCUAUGAAGACCUGCUACAUGCCUCCUCUGGACGGGAAACACAAAGGCACCUGAGCAUCGGAUUAAAGAAUCCCCAGAGGAAUGCAGAGUUUAAAAAAGGACUAAUAUGCUAAAAGGAUGUUUGGAGAAAAUUGAUGUUGAAAUCUAAAAACUUGCUGAAGGUAAAAAAUUAACUCAAAACCUGUCAUCUUACCAGCGAUGAAUGCAUCACCAAAGUGUUUUACUUGAUAGCAAUGAAUAAAUUCCAUGGGAUGUUUGCAUACAGAAUACAUUCUGUUUAAAAGCAUUGAAAUUAGUGUGCAGUUCUUUGUUUUUUUUACCAGACCCUUUUGAUUGUUUUACAUUAACGAUUUUUAAAUAAUCAAUUUGACUCUACAUUACACAAGAUGAGCGAUGAAAUAUUAGGCAAGUGAACUCCAAAACCUGUUUUAAUAUUGGAUCAACAUUUUAGAGCCAUGUGGCACUUUCAAGCAAUACUGACACUACAACUUUUAACCACAUGAUGAACCUCAGACAGUUAACAGUUAGUUAACAGGUAGUAAACAUGUAGCCCCCCAUCCACCUCAUCCAGGGAUAUGUUGGCCAAUCUUGUGGGGGUUUUACCUUCUGUGCCGACUCUUGUAUGAGCUGCUGGAGCUUGAAUUUCC